AUGUCUCAGCAAAAGUCAGGUAUAACAAGCUACUCUUCUCCUCACGUCCUUCGUUUCACUCUCUCCCCGCCUGCAAGCUCCGUUGUUUGCGAAGCACUGCCGAUCCUCUCCGUAUAUGACAAGACCGGACUGCUUGAUCUAGCAAAGGGACUUGCCAAGCAAAAUGUCCGCUUGCUCGCGUCCGGUGGCACUGCUCGAAUGAUUCGAGAGGCGGGUUUCCCCGUUGAGGAUGUCUCUGCCAUCACCCAUGCUCCUGAAAUGCUGGGUGGCCGUGUCAAGACCCUUCACCCCGCUGUCCACGGUGGUAUUCUCGCGCGUGACAUCGAGUCCGACGAGAAGGAUCUAGCUGAUCAGAAUAUCGCCAAGGUGGACUUCAUCGUCUGCAAUCUCUACCCCUUCAAGGAGACCGUCAAUAAGGUCAAUGUGACCAUCGAGGAAGCCGUCGAGGAGAUCGAUAUCGGCGGUGUCACCCUCCUCCGUGCUGCGGCCAAGAACCACUCGCGUGUCACCAUCCUUUCUGACCCCCAGGACUAUCCCGAGUUCCUGAAGGAGCUGGAAGCCGGAGAGAUCACAGCCUCCAGCCGGAAGAUGUAUGCUCUAAAGGCCUUCGAGCACACCGCAGACUACGAUACUGCCAUUUCGGGCUUCUUCCGCAAGCAAUAUGCUGGCAAUGGCGACCAGCACAUCGCUCUCCGCUAUGGUACCAAUCCUCAUCAGAAGCCUGCUUCCGCAUACAUGUUGCAGGGCAAACUUCCUUUCAAAGCCCUGAACGGAUCCCCCGGCUACGUCAACCUACUUGAUGCCCUCAACGCCUGGGCCCUCGUCAAAGAGCUUAAGCAGGCUCUGGGCUACCCCGCUGCGGCCAGCUUCAAGCACGUCUCCCCGGCCGGUGCAGCCGUGGGUGUUCCUCUGAACGAGAAGGAGCGCAAAGUCUAUAUGGUUGACGACAUCGUGGGCCUCGAGACCUCGGGGCUGGCUCAGGCUUAUGCCCGUGCCCGCGGCGCUGACCGCAUGUCCAGUUUCGGAGAUAUUCUCGCCCUUAGUGAUGUCUGUGAUGCUCCCACCGCCAAGAUCAUCUCGCGCGAGGUGUCGGACGGUGUCAUUGCGGCCGGCUACUCCCCCGAGGCUCUGGAGAUCCUCUCCAAGAAGAAGGGUGGCAAGUACCUCAUCCUUCAAAUGGAUGAGUCCUACGUUCCUGCAGCCGAGGAGACCCGGACUCUCUACGGAGUUCAGCUCGCCCAGCACCGUAACGACGUCGUGAUCUCCCCCCAGAAGACCUUCAGUACUAUUGUCACCCCGAAGGACCUGAAGACUCUUCCUGACUCUGCUCUACGGGAUCUCACUGUGGCCACCAUCGCCUUGAAGUACACCCAGUCGAACUCCGUCUGCUAUGCUCUUAACGGCCAGGUUGUUGGCUUGGGUGCCGGCCAGCAAAGCCGUAUCCACUGUACCCGUCUAGCCGGUGACAAGACUGACAACUGGUGGAUGCGCUUCCAUGACCGCGUGGUGAACAUCAAGUGGAAGCAGGGAACCAAGCGUGCGGACAAGAGCAAUGCUAUUGAUCUGCUUUGCUCGGGCCAAACGCCGCGUAACGAGGCGGAGAGGGCUGAAUACGAGCGCGUUUUCGAGGAAGUCCCCGCCCCCUUCACCCAGGAGGAACGGGAAUCCUGGAUUCAGAAACUGAGCGAGGUUGCCGUCUCGUCUGACGCAUUUUUCCCCUUUAUCGACAAUGUGUUCCGUGCCGCGCGCUCCGGUGUUAAGUAUAUCGCUGCCCCCAGUGGUAGCCAGAACGAUGGUCCGGUCUUUGAGACGUCCGAGAAGCUCGGCAUGGUUUUCGUCGAGCAAGGCACUCGUCUCUUCCAUCACUAG